CAAGAAGACCGUCCAGAUGCAUACAUACGCACUGUUCACACCGAAAACAUCUAGAUCGCAACUCUAACAACCAACACAAUGUCCUCCCAGGCCCCGAAAACAACCUACCACCUCUACACUUUCUACUCCUCCUCCUGCGCCGCACGCAUCCGCAUAGCCUUCAAUUUGAAAAACCUCACUUAUGUCCCACAUUACCUCGACAUGGCCAAAGACGACCACGAGUCCGAGGAAUACCGCAAACUGAACCCCAGCGCCUCAAUCCCCACUUUAAUCGUGCAAACAGAAGGGCAAGAAGAAUUCAAGAUAUGCCAGAGCGUCGCGAUACUGGAGUACUUAGAAGAACUCCACCCGACGCCAGCGCUCCUCCCAUCCCCUUCGGCCCCCCUAGCCCGCGCCCGCGUCCGCGAACUAGCCUACAUAAUAACCUCUGACAUCUUCCCACCCACAAACUCGCGCGUCGCACAGAUGGUCAAGGGCGUGCGCGGCGAGCGCGACGACGCCAUCUCCUUCGUCCACGCCAUCAUGCGCAAAGGCUUCACCGCCUACGAGUCCAUGCUAUCCACUUAUUUCCCGGACGGUCCGUACUCCGCUGGCGAAACAGUCACGCUCGCCGACGUGGUCCUCAUCCCGCAAGUCGAGCAGGCCCGCUUCUACCGCCUCGACUUCAGCGCCUGGCCGCUGUUAUCCGGCGUGAUCGCGCGGCUGGAGGCGCUCGAUGCGUUUAAGAGGGCGGGGUGGCGCGCGCAGGGCGACACGCCUGAGAAGGACAGGGUUGCCGUGUAGGCCGGUAAGCUUGCAAGACGUAUGUACUGUAGAGACAGAGAAGAAUCUCGGGACAUCUGCGUCCACAAUCUGCGA